GUAUAAAAGCCGCGUCGGCCGUCGCGCUGCGUCUUUAGUUUCUGGCGUAUGAGAGGAGAAAGAUGUAUCGAUUCCGUUCACGGGCAUCCACGGGGAUUUCUACCGCUGCUUCAGCUUUGCUUCUCGCCUGCCGCUUUCAAUCCCAUCCACUGGCUCGGUCCGAGAAGCCGGCCUCCGAAAGACAUUUCUGUAGUAAAAAGCGCUCCUGGUCUUCCAUCGGUUGAUUGUCACUGCCGCCCGACGAAGAGGAGGAGGAGAAAAUAAAAGACAAAGAGAUCUCGGUGUGCCGGAACCAGCAGUAAGAAAGCCGCACGGAGAGAACUACCGUUCGUUGUAGGCCGCUGCCAUGCCCAAAUCGAAGCGGCGAGGAGGAGGAGGGGGUACCCCGCGCGGAACAUCAGGUGCCCAGCACAGAAACAUGCAGUCUUUUAGUGAUGAAGACGCAUCAGUUGAAACUAUGAGCCACUGCAGUGGCUUCAGUGAUCCUGCCAGCUUCAACGAAGAUGGUCCUGAGAUUGAUGAUGAACCAACCCAAGAAGACUUGGAAUGUAAACUAAAAGGGUUUAUUGACUUGACUUUGGACAAGAGUACAAAGACGAGACAGAUCGUUCUUGAUGGCCUUAAAAGUGCUUUGACAUCAAAAAUGCUGUAUGAGUUCAUCCUGGAAAGGAGAAUAACGCUCACGGACAGCAUUGAACGUUGUAUCAAGAAAGGCAAGGGUGAUGAACAGUGUGCAGCUGCAGGACUGGCUUGUCUGCUGUGCAUACAGCUGGGGUCAGGAAUUGAAAGUGAGGAAGUUUUUAAAACCCUCGCGCCUCUCCUAAAGAAAAUACUCUGUGAUGUCUCAGCAAGUACGAAAGCUAGACAAGCUUCUGCUACCUGCUUAGGUGUCUGUUGCUUUAUUGCUACGGAAGAUAUCAUGGAAUUAUAUUUCACUAUGGAAUGCUUGGAAAGUAUAUUCACAAAAUCCUACCAGAAAGAGAGAACUCAAAAUGGUAUUUCGAGCACUCAUAACGCAGGUCUUUAUAUAAGCACUCUCUUGGCAUGGACCCUUCUGUUGACCAUCUGCCCAAUGAAUGAAGUGAAGAAAAAGCUUGAAAUACAUUUGCAUCAAUUACUGAGCCUGCUGUCCUGUGAUGAUGUAAACCUGAGGAUUGCUGCUGGGGAAACGUUGGCUGUUUUAUUUGAACUUGCAAGAGAAUCUGAUGAGGAUUUUUUUAAUGAGGAUAUGGAGCUUCUAACACAGAAAUUGAAGGCUCUAGCUACAGAUGGAAAUAAGCAUCGUGCUAAAGUAGACAAAAGGAAACAGCGAUCUGUCUUCAGGGAUGUCUUACGAGCUGUAGAGCAGGAACACGACUUUCCCACAGAGACAGUCAGGUUUGGACCAGAACGCAUGUACAUUGACUGUUGGGUUAAAAAGCAAACAUACAAUACUUUCAAGGGAAUUUUAGGAUCGGGAAUGCAGUAUCAUUUACAGUCCAAUGAGCUCCUCCGGACUAUCUUUGAACUUGGUCCACCACUGAUGCUUGAUGAGGCAACCCUUAAGUCCAUGAAGAUAACCCGUUUUGAAAGGGUGAGUGAUUCAUACUCCGUUGUGUUAAAUUAUCUUAAAUGCAAUUCACUCACAGAAUUGUUCAAAACCAUAAAUGACACGAUAAUAUUUAUGUUGUGAAGACAGAGAGGGAGCAAUGGGAAUCGAAUGACAAGGUUUUGUGAGACCUGCUAAAUUGCAGAUUUGCACUUCUAUAGUAUCCAAUCACUGCACAGACUUAUUUUUUACUUAAAAGUUUCGUUCCAGUUAAAAGGAUGCUAAGAUAAUCCAGGGAAUGAUCCGGUAUCAUUCCUUUAUUCUAUCCUAUGUUCUUUGUAUAAGAUAUUUCAUUGCCUGUGUUAUGACUGAAGUGGUACUGUCUUGUAUCUGACAUUUGAGAAAUGUGAUGGGUGUCAGAAUAUGAACUUUCAAGGCUGAAUUUUAACUUCUAUGCAUCGUACUAUAAAGAAAGAAGUGUGUGAUUGUAUUAAUGUUUAAUACUGUUUGUUUAUUUAAAAGAUUUAACAUAGCCGCCCAUCUUGCGACUGAUUAAGUUAAAGCCAACUUAAUACAACAACGGCAACACAGUUUAAAUGCUAGAAUGGGUAAUAUUUGGCAAAAAUUCAGAUUCCAAUGGAAAGGUUGAACUAUAUUUCCAGUAUGCAUUUUGGAUGAUUCGAAGCCUGGUAUUACUGUCUCAUAAUUUCCCAGACUUAUAGUCCUGGGGGAUUUCAACCUGCCUUCUCUGGGGGCGGGGGUGGAAGUAACCCGAGAUUUAAUGGAAGCCAUGACUUCCAUGGGCUUCCAGGUCAUCCAGAGCCUAACUAGUAAUAGUGGUCACACACCCGAUUUGCUGGUCUUAUCAGAGCUGUGUCUAUGAGACCUGGAAUUAGUGGACCUGUCCUUGGUCCCCUUGUAAUGGUCGGAUCACAGUCUGGUGGCAAUGUGUUUCUCAAAAGCUGCACACACACACACCCUGCAGGGAGACAGGACCUAUUAGAUUGGUCUGCCCCCGUCGACUAAUGGACCCAGAAGAAGCUGGGGGUUAUAACUGCAGAUCUACUGUGCAGUCCAGCCAAGCUCUUAUUCGCUGUUUGGAAUAGGAAGGUGACUGAGGCUCUGGAUAGGAUUGUACCCUUGCGACCUCUCCUCAUCUGUAAACCUCUCUGUGCCCUGUGGUAUACAGAGGAACUGAGGGAUGAAACACAUGAGGAGAUGUCUAGAGCUUCCUGGCAGAAGGUAGGAGAUGAACUCGAUUGAACACAGGUAAGAGCUGCUGCUAAGGCCUACCUCAUGGCAAUUUGUCUGGCGAAGUGUGAAUACUUCUCCACACUAAUUGUGUCUGCAGAUAAUCACCCAGCAACCCUCUUUAAGGUGAGCCACCUCCUCCUGGGGAAGGAGGAGAUUGAGGUCCACCUGAAUGGGCGUGCCAAGUAAUUUGCGGAUUUUCUGGAAGACAAAAUUGCUCGACUUCAUUCCCGGUUAGAUGUUGGUGUGGUUGCUGGUCAGUGGAAGCUCCUGAGGCAGGUUCUUGCCUGUUAUCUGAGAAUGGUUUGAUCCUGUUGCUCCUGAGGAAGUGGACAGAAUCCUAGGGUGUAUGUGCACAAGCACCUGUGUUUUAGAUCCAUGUCCCUCCUGGCUUGUGAAAGCUUCCCAUGAGGUAACAGGCGGGUGGACUCUGGUAGUGAUUAAUGCUUCCCUACAGGAGGGGACGGUGCCCCAGCACUUUAAGGAGGCUGUGGUCCCCCUUAAGUAGCCAACAUUGGACUCCACCUGUUUGGAUAAUUUCCAACCUGUCUCCAAUCUUUUUGGGGAAGAUUGUUGAGAAGGCGGUCACACUGCAGCUCCAGAGGUUUCUGUAUGGAACGGAUUAUCUUGACCACUACCAGUCAGGAUUCAGGUCUGGAUUUGGGACAGAAACGGCAUUGGUCACACUUUCGGAUGAUCUCUGGCAGGAACGGGAUGGGGGUUCCUUGCUGUAUUUGACCUCUUGGCGGCUUUCGAUACCAUUGACCAUAGGAUUUUCCUGGGGCGGCUUCAGGGGAUGGGAGUGGGAGGCCUUGUGCUGUCCUGGUUUACUUCUUUCCUCUGCGGCCGCUCUCAGUCAGUGUUGAUAGGAGGGGAGAGAUCCAGCCCUCGCCCAUUGCUUUACGGGGUUCUGCAGGACUCGGUACUCUCUCCACUCCUGUUCAACAUUUAUAUGAAGCUGCUGGGCGAGAUCAUCCAUCACCAU